UAGUGUCCUCUUGGAGUCAUUUUGGUCCCCAUUUUGUUUUUGAAUUCGUCUUUUAAGAGAAGUCUCUCUGUGUUGUUUAACUUUAUCACUCGCGUAGAUAUAGAGGAACGUAUCGACGCGACAAAUUCAAAGUGAACUAUUUUCUGCCUCAGUUAUUAAACUAAAAGAUUCAUAUAAAUUGGUUCAAUGACGCAAAUUUACGUGCGCGUUGUCGACGACGAGACUUGUCCAGACCAAGCGAUCGAGAUUGAAGCCGAGGAAGAUGGCACUCUUCUGCUUUCGAACGUCAACGGUCAAUUCCCUGGAGCCUGUGGUCUGAGGUACAGGAACCCAGAAACACAGGCUUUUCGUGGCGUGAGACUAGUGGAAGACGUCUUGUAUCCGCCCUUUGAGGACGGAUGGGGCGACACGCUGUUUCUCGUGGUGCCUAGUAAAGCGGCUGAUAGUGCAAGCAAACGUAAAAUAGAAGAAUCACCAAUUGGCAAGGAGCCAGAGACAAAAAUAACCAAAGUAGAGGGAGUAGAUGUUGGUGAUCUUAUCGUCCUUGGUUUACCUUAUGCAACAACUGAAAGUGAGAUGAAGGAAUAUUUCACCCGAUUUGGAGAAAUUGACUUUUGUGAGGUGAAGCUGGACCCAAACACCAGAAGAUCAAGAGGAUUUGGUUUUGUGAGGUUCAAGAAAGAUGAGGAUGCUAAAAAUGUGUUGUCUACUUCUCAUCGAAUCCAGGGUCGGCUAUGUGAAGUCAGAUUACCAAGGCCAAAGGAAGAGCUGAAUGUGCCAAAGAAGCUAUUUGUUGGCCGGCUUCCAGAGAGUACCACAGAAAAGACCCUGAUGGAAUAUUUUGCCCAGUUUGGAGAAGUCACAGAUGUCUAUAUUCCCAAACCCUUCCGGCACUUUGGUUUUGUCACAUUUGCUUCUGGUGAGCUUGCUAAAAAAGUAUUAUCCCAAAACCAUCGUAUAAGUGGCAGCCUGUUGAAUAUCACAUUUGCUGAGCCGAAAUCCACUGCAAAGGGAAUGGGGUCUGGGUACGCUUGGGGAGGUGGGGCUAGUGAGAUGUGGACGGGGAGUCCAGGGUGGAGUGGACGUCAGGGUGGGGCUAACAUGGGGUACAGCCCUGCAAAUGCUACCACUGCGUACAACAGUAUGUUGAGCAUGAUGAACCAGGCUGGCAUGAUGAGUCCCAGCACAAAUAAGACAUGGUCACGAUCCAAUCUCAACACUACGCCACCACAACACCGGUGAAGAGUGUGGAAAGUGGAGAGUCUGUUGAACUAUAGUAAGACAUUGAAAUUCUUACAGGAACUAUGUUCUUAGUAGAAGUUUUAAUGAGUUCUGAUAGUAUGUUCUUGUAUAGAAAGUGAAAGGUUUUUUUAAGGUUUGCAAUGUGAACGACUGAAAGACUUGUACAGUAACGUGUGAUGUGUUCUUGUCUGGUUUUGUGAUAUAUUGUAUGCAUUAAAGUGGGAGACAGUGUCAAAUUGGAA